AUGGCACCUGCUGAAUUUAAGGAGUUAAAAUUGCAGUUACAGGACCUUCUGGAACGAGGGUUCAUUCGAGAAAGUGGGUCUCCUUUGGGAGCCCCUGUGUUGUUUGUGAAGAAAAAGAAUGGAAGUUUGCGGAUAUGGCACGUAAUUUCCCAAGAGGGCAUCUCGGUUGAUCUGGCAAAAGUGGAGGCCGUGAUUGAUUGGAAGAGGCCAGAAAAUCCCAUACAGAUUCGUAAUUUUCUACGGUUGACUGGGUAUUAUAAGCGCUUUAUUAAAGACUUUUCCAAACUGGCCGUUCCUUUAACUGAUAUGACGAAGAAACAUGGUCGAUUUAUAUGGGAUGCCAAGUGUGAAACGAGUUUUCGAGAGUUAAAGAAAAGAUUAACCAUGGCUCCGGUUCUAGCUUUGCCUAACAAAGUAGACAGUUUUACUGUUUAUACCGACGCAUCGCGAGAAGGUCUGGAGUGUGUGUUAAUGUAA